UUCUUCUUUUGGCUCCACUCCACUGUCCGAAACUAUAACUCAGUUCACUUUCUGUCUUGUUCUCUGAACUUUAAUGUACCAGAAAAUGGACCAGAUUCAGCACAAGUACGUAACCGUACAUGGCCUGAACCUCCACGUCGCCGACAUCGGAACCGGUCCCAAUGUGGUCGUGUUCCUGCACGGAUUCCCAGAAAUCUGGUACUCGUGGCGCCACCAGAUGAUCGCCGUAGCCACUGCCGGGUUCAGGGCCAUCGCGCCCGACUACCGCGGGUACGGACUCUCCGACCCGCCACCCGAACCGGAGAAGACCACCUUCCAUGACCUCAUCAAUGACCUCCUUGGAAUUCUCGAUGCUUUAGCCAUUCCCAAGGUUUUCCUCAUUGCGAAAGAUUUUGGAGCCCGGCCGGCAUACUUGUUUGCCCUUCUGCACCCAGAAAGGGUCUCGGGAGUUGUAACAAUGGGAGUUCCAUACACACCACCAACAAGUCGUCCCCAAUACGAUAAUUCCCUCCCUGAAGGUUUUUACAUCAACAGAUGGCAGGAACCUGGCCGGGCAGAAGCUGAUUUUGGACGCCUUGAUGCAAAAACAGUUGUUCGGAAUAUUUACAUCCUUUUCGCAAGAAGUGAACUACCAAUAGCUGCAGAAAACCAGGAGAUCAUGGACUUGGUGGACUCGUCUACACCUCUUCCCCCAUGGUUUACUGAGGAAGAUCUUGAAGCAUAUGGAAAGUUGUACAAGAAAUCAGGUUUCCAAACUGCACUGCAAGUUCCAUAUAGGGUGAUUAAGGAAGAUUUGGGCAUAACCAUUGAUCCAAGUGUUAAAGUUCCAGUGCUGACUAUAAUGGGAAACAAGGAUUAUGUAUUCAAAUUUCCAGGGAUGGCAGAUUACAUAAACAGUGGAAUGUUGAAAGAGUUUGUCCCCGAUUUGGAGAUUGUAUUUCUUCCUGAAGGAACUCAUUUUGUUCAAGAACAAUUGCCUGAACAGAUUAAUGAGCUCAUCCUCACCUUCCUUGGAAAACACAUUUGAUUGGUGAUGCUUCUAUGAUCAUUACUAGACAUAAAACUGUCUACGGUUCCAGAGAGAAGAUCAAAAGAGGGAAGGAUACCAACUUCCUACUUCUGUUGUGACAUGUAACUUUGCGAGUUUCUCCGAUACUAAAACAAGGCAAUUCUGCCAUUAUCAGAUUCCAUAAAUGUAAGACAGGCAUUUUCCUUAAACUACACUCUUUUUCACUUACCUGCAACAGUGAAAUUUACAGGAACAU